AUGUUAGCCCCACUAAGAAUAGCUGUGCGCCCAAUGCGCCCUGUUGCUGCCGCAUUGGGCUCCCGAAUUUUGCGUUUCAAUUCCACCGUUGCUCAAGCAAACUCUCUUAAUCCAAGCGCUGUACCUUUCAAGUUUUCUGAUUCUGUCACUGUUCGUUACACCCGUGAACACGAAUGGUUGGCAAGUCAUCCCGAUGGAACUGCAUUUGUGGGAAUUACCAAAUACGCAGCUGAUGCGCUUGGAGAUGCUACAUUUGUGGAAGUCCCUGAAGUUGGAGAUUCUGUCCAAGUCGGUGACUCUAUUGGAUCCGUCGAGUCAGUCAAAUCAGCCAGUGAAAUUUACACCCCUGUGGAUGGAGAGAUCUUGGAAGCCAACGACGAGUUGACCAGCAACCCUGCAUUAAUUAACAGCGAUCCGUUGGGAGAGGGAUGGAUAGCCAAGCUCAAAGUCACAGAUCCUGACCAACUGCUGGACGCUGAACUGUUUGAUAUCGAUGCUUACGUCAAGUUUUUGCAGGAGGAAAGCUAA